AUGUCUAUCAUUGACGAAGUAGAUGCUAAAUUUAAAGAAUAUAACAAUCUCUCUGAACAAGAGGGUACUCUUGAAGCAAGGAAGGGCUUGAUGGCAGAUCUAAAGAUUGCCCUGACCCAAUUCGAGACUCUUCCCCCAUCGACUCAUCAACCAGAUCCAAAAGAAUGUAUUAUCGCAAGGGGAAUUUAUGAAUUUGCUGUCUUCCAAAGCAUUGAAGAAGGAGAUAUUGAAGGUUUCAAACGUAAUUAUUCCACCCUCAACUUCUAUUACAAUGAAUUAAGGUAUUUUCUUGUUGUCAUUUCUAGAGAUAUUUUGCCUGAAUCAUCCAAGAAGAAUUCAGUAAUUGGAUUGUACUUGCUAUACCUUCUUUCACAGAAUUUGAUAAGUGAGUUCCAUGUAGAAUUGCAGAGUAUCCCUUCAGCAGACCAUAAUAAUAUCUAUAUCAAUGUACCAGUGUCACUUGAGCAGUAUUUUGUAGAUGGAAACUAUGCUAAGGUGCUAGCCACCAAGCAUGCUCCACUUGAUGUGUACAAUUUCUUCAUUAAGAAAUUUAUUGAUACUGUCAGGACUGAAAUUGCUAGAAGUGUAGAAGUCUCCUACAAAAAGCUCAGCAUUAAGGACGCCUGUGAGGUCUUCAUGCUUGAUGAUAUUGACCAACUUAAGGAGUUUGUUGAAAGAGAGAGUGAUAUUAAUAACUCUGAUAGAACUAUUUCGUGGGUAAUCAAGGAUGACUAUCUCCACUUCGACACCAUCACGAUUGAGAAAGAAGGAAUCCCAGCUAAGAAGAUGAUCUACCAGGUCCUUGAUUACGCCAGAGAGCUAUAAAUGUGAAAUGCCUAAUUCCAAUAAGAUUAUUUUUAAAA